GGCGUAGUGUUGUAGGCUAAACGAUGAUGGCAGCCGUGGGUUGACACCGAUGCAUUUCAGAAUAUAAACUAUUUAAAAGUUGGCGGAAAGCCCCCGACACUGUAACGUGGAGACACCUGAAGUUUUAACAUUGUAACUGCUUCAAUCACACACUCGCUGGUCCGGGGAACGUGGCACUAUGCCCGCAGCUACUGUGGAUCACAGCCAAAGAAUAUGUGAGGUUUGGGCCAAUAACCUGGAGGAGGAGCUGAAGAGGAUCAGACAUGUCAUCCGUAAAUACAACUAUAUCGCUAUGGACACAGAGUUUCCCGGGGUGGUUGCGAGGCCAAUUGGAGAGUUCAGGAGUAACGCAGACUAUCAGUAUCAGUUGCUGCGCUGUAAUGUGGACCUUCUUAAGAUUAUCCAACUCGGACUCACGUUUAUGAAUGAACAGGGCGAAUAUCCACCGGGAACAUCAACAUGGCAGUUUAAUUUUAAGUUCAACCUCACAGAGGAUAUGUACGCGCAGGACUCGAUCGAGCUCCUCACUACUUCAGGGAUUCAGUUUAAGAAACACGAGGAUGAGGGCAUAGAGACACUGUACUUCGCUGAGCUGCUCAUGACAUCUGGGGUCGUGCUGUGCGACGGGGUCAAGUGGCUGUCCUUUCACAGUGGGUAUGAUUUUGGGUACCUGAUAAAGAUCCUGUCCAAUGCAAACCUGCCUGAGGAGGAGGUGGACUUCUUUGAGAUCCUGCGUUUGUAUUUCCCAGUGAUCUACGAUGUCAAGUAUCUCAUGAAAAGCUGUAAAAACCUGAAGGGAGGUUUGCAGGAGGUGGCGGAGCAGUUGGAGCUGGAGAGGAUUGGACCCCAGCAUCAGGCUGGCUCUGACUCUUUACUCACAGGAAUGGCUUUCUUUAAGAUGAGAGAGAUGUUCUUUGAGGAUCAUAUUGAUGACGCUAAGUACUGUGGUCACUUGUACGGGCUCAGCUCUGGCUCCGCCUACGUCCAGAAUGGGACAGGAAAUGCCUACGAAGAGGAAGCCAACAAGCAGCAAUCGUGACCCCCUCCCCCCCUCCUAAUCUCUCCAUCCUCCAUUGUCAUGACAACAAUCAACGCCGAGCCCAAAAUGUGACAUAGGAAAAAAAAAAAACAUCCAUGGGUCUUUUAGCCAGCUGUUGAAGUGAAUUUAAGGUCAAAAUUUGGGUUAAAAAGAAUUGAAAUUUGUCAACCCAUAGACAGCCUGUACAUGGGAGUCUGCUAGUCUUUGAUUCCUACGACGCAGCUUAGAUGGUCUGGUUGGUUCAGUUCAAUUUGCUUGGGGGAUAAAAAAGAUGGGGAUUUUAGUUUUCCGAAAAUGUUCUGUAGAUUUUUGCACUUUAAAACUCUAACCUGAUUUUAUAAGGAAAGCUCAAAUGUGUCUGGCGUCUCUCUCUCUCGCUCUUCUCUUUGUUGCCUUCUGAAACGUUGCUAUUUUUUACAUUGUGUGGUUUUGUCUCAUUGUACCGUCUACACCUCACCACCGCCAAGUUCAGCCUUAUAACAAGCUAAUAAUAUCUUUUAAAAUGCUAAUUUAUUAACAUGUCAGAAAGCUCCAUCAUUUUGCAGUGGGAACAUGGGGCGCCAGUGAAUGUCUUCUUUACAUGCAAAAUACUGUUUAUUCUUAUUUGUUUGUGUUCAUGCAUAUAACGUUAUUGUUUAAAAAUAUGGGGAAAAUAAGUAUCAAUGUAGCAUGAUGUUAAACAAGCUAGCAUUAUUGUACCUAAAGUUAUGCUCUUCCAAUAUUCAGAGUACAAAGUUUUCUUCAAAAGUUUGGACAUAUGUUUUACUGGUUUUCAAAAAGUGGUUGAGAUCCCAUUAUUGGAACCUACAACACUUGUCCAUGUCAAAUUUAAGUUUUACUUUUAAUUUGAAGUUUUAUUCAAGUUGAAAUUCAGAUCUUCAAAAUAAUUGUGUUUAGGCCUUCUUCAUAGGAUUAGGCCAAAGUUACUGGUUUAGUACUGGUUCAGUUCUGGGAUGGUCCUGGUUUAGUCCUGGUUUGGUCCUGGUUUAGUCCUUGCCUAGUCCUGGUUUAAUCCUAGUUCAAUCCUUUGUGGUCCAGUUCUAGCUUUUGCUUAUUCUUAGUUUGUUAUAAUAUUGAUUUCAAACAUCACAAUCAUUUUCAAUUUUAUUGUUGAUUUUUACCAUAUUGUGAAAAGUUUGGGUAUUUUUGAUCUUUAAAAACUGAGUAAUUGUGUCCAAACUUUUGACUGAGGUCUUCAAAUUUGCCAGACCUUACUACUAAAAAACAUUGUCAAGCUGCAAUGAUGUCAAAUUACAACUACUCCUGUUCUCUGAGUACAGUUUAAUUUUAUUUGUAGCAUUUUAGGGUUGUAAUAAAAGAAGAAAAACACUUUUAAUGAUUGGAAAAGGAACUGCUUUGCUUUUAAAUACUUGGUUACAUUUUGAGUUUGUUCCUUUAUUACUCCAUGCUGCGUUUUGAAAGUUUGAUGACAAAAGCAGUGUUCAGCUUGUGUUGAAUUGUCGAAGCAUCUGCAGAUCUGUCCCGUAAAGGUGCAUUGUGUAAUUUUUCUGGUGGAGGGUCCGUCAAACACUUUUCUUCAUGGAUGUUAUUGUUUUGUCUGGAAUUUUUCACAGUAUGGCAUUAAACCUUUUUAUCAUCAUGGAGACCAAAUCAGGUCAAGUUACAGGUCAGAUCUGUGGAGAGGUGACCCCACUCACUGUCAGAAUGCCUUUUAAAAACCAUCUGUAACUGAAUAAAUGUAAGGUAAAGCUGUUUAAUGUCAUAGUUUGGAACAUUCCAGGAAGAGCAAUGACAGCUAUAGAAAGAAGCAGGUGACCGACUCCCUUCACCAGAAAAGUUACACAAUGCACCUUUAAUGAUCAUGAUAAUAUAAAGGUUUAGCAGCUCACUCUUGUUUCUGCAGCACGAACACACUGUAAACAGGAAAAUGCAAUAUACCUGAGGGUUGUUUUUAGGUUAUUUUGUAAAUAAAGGCUUCAAACUUUUCUACCAUCA